UUUGAAAUUCAAUAUCUAAUUAAAAUUGCGAGCACGUACGCCCGCGUAGAGCUUGAGUGUAAAACGCAACCUAAUUUCAUAUUUGCAUCAGUUGUCUUAGAGCAUUUGAGCUGGACUGAACAUAGUGUGAGAGCAGGAGAAACCUACGAAGUCAUGUGCAAAACAGAGAUACUACACGAAGAUUCGCCUGUGGUUCUUCUUCACGACGAUAAACCGCUCACUAUGAAGGAACUGAGCGUGGAUAAAGUUUACGAUUUCGACUUUAAAUAUGGCCAGAAAUCUGCCUUCGAUUUCCAUAAGGAUCUUGCGGCCAUCGAUCUUAGCAUGAUGCAAAACCCGAAAGGGACACGUCGCCGAAGGAUCAAGCGGAGAAAAUAUCCGAAAUUUUCAUUCGUGCCUAGUCUAGAGGACAUUAAAGAGAAUGAACUCUUUGAAAUUUCGUUUGAGGACGAAAAGAAAGAUCUGGCCGCAAUACAUCGCGAACGUGCCCUGAGUUGUGGCUUGGCAGUGAAGGAAGAAGGUCGCCGCCAUCGCCAUAAAAGGCAUUCUAGGAGCUCAAGCGGAAGGGUCUAAAUAGCAACCGACAAGAUGUACGAGGCUGACAAUCCUUGAACGCUUAAACUGCGGAUUGAGAACGCUAUGUUUGAUGCGAACCUCGCCUUACUGGGAGGCGAUGGUGAUGAGAUCGACAAUUGCGCGGCGAAGAACAUGUCGUACGUGCUGUGUGUCGGGACACGAGAAUCCUUCGAAGAGUAAAGAAACUUUGCCAAGACUCGGCAAUAGGAACGAUUUGAGGAUUUUUAAACGCGAUCUAAAACGCAUGGAAUAGAAGAUGAUGAAAUAAACAACUCCUGUUGCAAAUGACAAGCUGGAACUUUCUUAGUUUCACCAGUAACUCGCGUGACGAAUGUAAAUUUCAAGCGAAAAAGAAACUAACGUCCGAUAGAAACAUUCCUCGAUAAAAUGGAACAGCGCUUAUGACAAAAAAAAAGCGUUAAUUUCGCUUUUACACUAGCAUCGUUUUAUUUUUGAUGGAACUGCGAAAAUCAUCGACGGAUUAGAUUCAAUAAAAAGCAUUAGUUCAGGGUAAAGUAAACAAUAUUUUGCAUAAAAAGUACGUAGUUGUUAGUUUGCCUUUACUUUUGCUAAAUUAACAAGAUUCGCUUUGCUUGUAAUCAAAGGGAAAACCCGAAAUGUAUUUCUAUGUGGUAUAUUUUAUGGGGAAAAGUUAAAUAAGAUUUUAACUAUGUAAUUAGGUUAACUAUGAAAUAUACGUCAGCAUUUUUUUUCCCUUAAAAGGGUUAAUACAUGUAUGGUGGUCGAAAGUGAACAUUAAAUGAAUUGUGACAAAGUAAA